AACAGCCCUUACCAAGAAUCACAGUCCAAACAGAUUGUUGUCAUCCCAACGAGGAAUAUGGCUAAAACUUUAUAUCCCAUCUGGUCUGUUGUGCUUGUGCUCGUUUUAGUUUGUUCGCCUGGACAAGCAAAUGGGGCGGCUAAAUCCAUGGCGAAGCGGCGAGCGGAGAAGAUGAUCAGGCAACUCAAUUUGUUCCCCUUGCAUGAUCUCAACAGGGGUCCCGCCGGCCACUCGCCGGCGGCGGAAGCGGAUUCGCCCAGAUUGGUCGAGAAGAAGUUCAGGUUGAACCUUCUUGGUGAUUCUGGGGCGACUGUUGAAGAUUUGGGUCAUCAUGCUGGUUACUACAGGCUUCCAAACACAGUAGAUGCAAGGAUGUUUUAUUUCUUCUUUGAAUCGAGAAGCAACAAGAGUGACCCGGUUGUUAUAUGGUUGACUGGAGGGCCAGGGUGCAGUAGUUCAUUAGCUUUGUUUUAUGAGAAUGGACCUUUUCACAUUGCUGGCAAUCAGUCCCUCAUUUGGAAUGAUUAUGGAUGGGACAAGGCUUCUAACCUUAUAUAUGUUGAUCAACCAAUUGGAACGGGGUUCAGCUAUAGUUCUAGUGAAAAAGACAUCCGCUCUGAUGAAGAUGGUGUCAGCAAUGAUCUCUAUGCCUUCUUACAGGAGUUCUUCAAGGCUCACCCAGAAUAUGCAAAGAAUGACUUCUUUGUAACCGGAGAAUCCUAUGCUGGGCAUUAUGUUCCUGCAUUGGGCUCACGGAUCAACCGAGGAAACAAGAAGAAAGAAGGAAUUCCCAUAAAUCUUAAGGGAAUAGCCAUCGGCAAUGGACUCACCAAUUCAGAAAUACAGUACCCAGCAUACCCAGACUUCGCUUUGGACAACAACUUGAUCUCGAAAUCUGACCAUGAUAACCUGAUGCAGCUUGUCCCAAAUUGUCAAGAAGCUGUGAGGCAGUGUAACAGUGUUGGUGGUCAUGCUUGCAAUGAGGCUAAUAACCGCUGCAUGCCCAUCUAUGAACAGAUAGUGUAUACUAUGGGGGACAUAAAUUACUAUGAUAUCCGGAAGAAAUGUGAUGGGGGAUCAUCACUCUGCUAUGACUUCUCAAAUGUAGAGACUUUGCUCAACACACAAUCAGUGAAGGAUGCUCUCGGGGUGGGCGAGGAUAUUGAGUUUGUUUCGUGCAGCACUGAUGUGUACGAGGCAAUGGCAUCGGACUGGUUCAAGAAUCUUGCACUGGGCAUUCCAUCUAUGCUAGAGGAUGGUAUCAAUCUGCUGGUUUACGCGGGCAAAUAUGACCUUAUUUGCAACUGGCUUGGAAACUGGAGAUGGGUUCAGGCUUUGCAGUGGUCUGGGAAGAGAGGCUUCGGUGCAGCUCCGAACGUGACAUUUUCAGUGGAUGGAAAGGAGAAAGGGAUACAAAAGAGCUAUGGACCUCUCACUUUCCUUAAGGUUCAUGAUGCUGGCCACUUGGUUCCAAUGGAUCAGCCCAAAGCAUCGCUGGAAAUGAUUAGGAGGUGGAUGAAGGGCCAACUUUCAAAGCUGUAGGACUGUCGUCUUUCCUUGAAAUUUUAUGUACCCAUUAUGAUCUUUAAGAGAGAUUAUAAUUGAUAAAUCUUUGAAUCCAUUUUGAAAAUUCGAUCAA